AUGGCAAGACAUAACGUCUUGCUUCUGUUUUGUCUUCUGAUCACUUGUUUUCUGGUUCCGUCUCUCGCUCUUUCGGUUGCGGCUCGUCCAUCGUGUUCCGACUUCGUGUUCCCGAACAACAAAGUCUUCGCUUCGUGCACCAAUCUUCCCAAUCUUGAUUCGUUCCUCCACUGGACGUACGGCCCUUCUUCGACCACUCUCCACGUGGCUUACCGUCACAGCCAAGUCAGUUCUUCGACGUGGGUUGCAUGGGGUAUCAAUCCCACUUCGAAAGGCAUGGUUGGAACUCAGGCCAUCGUAGCCUACAGAAAGCCCGACGGAACCAUGGCUGUCUUCACUUCACCUGUUAACAGCUAUGGGACCCAACUGUCCGAGGGGAACCUAAGUUUCCCUGUCUCGGAUCUGUCAGCCUCAUUUUUGGACAACCAGAUGGUUAUAUAUGUGGUCAUUGAACUACCAGAUAACACUACCAGUGUUAGUCAUGUUUGGCAAGACGGACCGGUCUCCGGAAGUACACUUGGAAUGCAUCAAGUUUCUGGGAAUCAUCUCCUGUCGAUGGGCACUCUCAAUCUUUCAUCAGGACAAGCCUCGGCAUCUCACAGUGGGAGUUUAAAAAACCAACUCAAGAUUACACAUGGAGUACUAAACACUGUUAGUUGGGGAAUCAUGAUGCCACUCGGAUUUAUGGCGGCAAGGUACUUGAAGGCUGUUGGUCCAAAAGCAGACCCUCUCUGGUUCUACGUUCACAUCACUCUUCAGCUCCCUGGAUACUUACUCGGCAUGGCAGGAGGUGCAACUGGGCUCUACCUUGGCGUCAAGUCUGCUGGUGUUCAUCACCCUUGCCACAUGGGCAUUGGAAUCACUCUUUUCUGCCUUGGACUACUUCAGAUCUCUGCUCUAUUUUUGCGGCCAGCCAAGGACCACAAGUUUAGAAAUCUUUGGAAUUUGUUUCACCAUCUGACAGGUUACACUGUCCUUCUCUUUAGCUUCGCCAACAUAUGGGUAGGGUUCUACAUUCUAAAGCCUGCAAUAGCAUGGAUUAUUGUUUAUGGCGUCAUCUCCGGGGCAAUGAUACUGUCAACUAUCGUAUUAGAAGUUUGGAAGAGAUUGACACAAGAUGGAAAUACCAUUGGAGCAAAUGAAGCAAGUGCAAUGAGUAGUAGGGAAGAUAAUGAAGCAUUUACUCUUCUAUAUCAUGUCAGAAUCAGAGUUCUACUUUACAGGUAUCGAGUAAAGAAGGCAAAGAUAAUGCCUUCUGCAAUGCUGCCUAGAGAUGUCACAGAUUAUCCUUGGCUUAAACAUAAAACUUUAAGCUUGCUUGGACUGGUUGGUCCAAAAAACACAAGUUGGGACGAGACACAACAAGCAGCAACAAUGAAAGGAGCUGAUAUGUCAUGGGGCUGGCAUUGGGAAUGCAUUAGCUCAUCGUGGAUUCAUGAUCAUUACCAUUUUGGCAAUUGUCUCCAUUGGAAUGCGGCAUCAGGGGAUACCCCUAUCACGAAGAGAAAUCCAACUGAGAAGCCAAUGGGAUGA